AUGUUCAAUUCAAAAGUGAAGCAGGAGCCUGUCAAAAAGGCAACACAUAUCAAUGAUUCUAGUUUUAUAUCAUAUUGUCCCUUGACUUCAGAUGAACGUGUUGUAUCGUUCCAAGAUGGUCAAUCUGUAAGUAUUAAAAGAGCUUCAGAUAAACACGAGGGUAGAUUUGCUAAAUUGACGAAUUUUUAUUUCAAAAACAACCACUUAUCAAAGGAACACGCUAAGAUUAGAUAUGAUCAGCAACAGGGGUUUUAUAUCCAAGAUGCAAACUCUACAUUUGGAACCGUACUCAAUAACGAGAAGGUGUUGAUUGCUGGUGUUGAACAUUUGUUGAAUACCAAUGACACCGUUGGAUUAAUAAUGUCCAAGACGUCUCUGCAGAUUAAGAAAAUUACCCAAGAAUUUGUUUCUGCCAAUUCAACCGACAAAGAAAUAAGAUCGAUCCCCAUAAGCAAGUUUGAUAAUCCUACCAUUGUCUUAAAUUUUAGAAUAGAGAUCAAGGAUUCGGUUUUAAAACUUGUUCCAAUUGAAAGGGAAGAAGCUCGGGCUACAAUUGAUGCUAAAACUGGCUUAAAAUCUAUUCUUACAGACCAUACAAAAUCUUUGAUCAAUGUAGAAGAGAUUCCCGACGAUACUGAAUCGAGUGAUAAUGAGGUGGAAGUAGUUGAUAUUGAUAUUGUUUCCAAUCCAGUUACGAAAAUUGACAGCGUGUGCUCUAAUGGACACAUCUCAGAUGACCAAAUCAUUGAAAUUGAUAUAUCAGAUGACGAAUUAGUUUCUGGAAAACAAACCCACUCCAAGGAAAACAAAAUUACCGAGUCUGAUUGUAUCGGGGAUGGCAAAACUCAAAAAACUUUGUCAAGAAGCGCUUCUGUUGAAGAAUUAACACCUACAAAUCGAGUUGAAAGCCAUGCUUCAAAAAUGAUUGUAGAAGUUCCAUCUUCGGAGUACGAGGAUGACGAGUCCGAUGUUAAUGAGAUCCUUGAGAAAACCGAAUUCAAUUGGAAAGAACAAGUUUCAGAUGAAGUAUCAGAUAAUGACUCUAGUGGAGAAUCCUUAGAUUCUGAACUAUCAAACGAUGGUUCGAGUGAUGAAUCUUCCGAUUCAGUUACCGUGAAUGAUAUUAAAAAUAAACAAGAUGAAAUUAGCAUUUCAUCUGAUGAAAGUGAACUGUCAGAAGGGGAAUGUGGUGAUUGUGAUCAAACUGAAGGUGAUAAUAGCAACAGUGGAAACCACGAACCAUUCUAUCCCGUUUGCUACAGAUUAUGGAAAGAUGAUCGUGGCUCAAAGUACUAUAAUUUGCUCGAUAAGCAUGAUGACGCUGACAGUGAUUCAGAAAGUGAACUGGAUACAGAGUCCACCCUUUUUGGUAGCAAUUGCGAUGAGGUAGAUGAUAUCAAAAUUGCUGAAGAUAAUAAACUGGUCGACUCCAGUUCAAUAGAUCUCAGGGACGAUUUUGAUGAAAUCACGUCUCAAGAUCAGUCGAGCUUCAAUGAAAUUAGUUUUCCCCGUAACUUUUGCUUAUCCAGGAAAAGAAGAUUUGACGAACUUGAUAGCUUUGAUGAAUUUGGACGUCAUACACCUAUAGAAUAUUCUGAUUGUGAAUUUUCGAAUCAACCUCCAAGGAAAAAACAUGCAAGUACUGAGUCCAAGUGGAAAACAAUUACGAAAGAGGUUGGUAAAGGUUUAUUUUAUGUUUUUGCAACAAUUGCAGCACUUGGAAUUUAUGGUAGUUCUAUUGCGAAUGAGGAAAGUUAA